CUGUCACAACAGUUACCGACGACCUAGAAUAUAUUUUAAAAUUAGGUACCAAAUAUUUCAAAAUAUCGUUUUCAUAAGCAAAGUUACUGAAUAAUUCUAAAAUAAGAAACCAAUAAGAGCUAUAAAAUACGAAGAAGAUGUAAUAUAUUUUGACAGCCAGAUUUACCAUUAAAAAUUAUAUAUGCCCAGAGUGUACAUAAGGUUAUAUUCAAUACAUUCUUUCCUUUCCAUAUAAUUUUCAAUAAAAAAUUACUAAAAUAAAUGUUAUCUUACUGCCUUAAAAAUUUUUCUGUGCACAUCUUCCAACUAUUAUUUCUAUGGUUUCACAACAAUGAACGGCAACACUGUUCUACAUUUAUGGUUAUAAAUAAAAAGCAAAACAUAUUCCCAAACAAAACAUGGAUUAUAUAGAAAGAGCUGUUUGUGACCCAACUAAAUGUUUUUUAUGUGACAAAACCUUCACUAUAGGUGAAACAGAAUUUAUAGGAAAAGGCAUACCGCAUUUAAUAAAUGCAAGUAAGUUGAAAAACGAUGGAAAACAUGAACUUCUUAGAGAUGUCGAAGUGAUCCAAGUACACAAAGCUUGUAAAAUCAACUACCUACAAAAAGAAACCCCAAAGAUUGUUUCAUACAAAAAAUCAAUGGAGAAUGUAACAAAAAUAGAGGAAAAAAAGGUGAUGACAGACUUUGAUUUUAAAAAUAAUUGUAUUCUAUGUGGACAACCAGUAAAGGAUCAAGUAGACUCAAGACCAUUUCAAUUAUGUACAACUACUAAUUUGAAAGAUAGGAUUAUAGAGAAAGCUCUUUACAAACAAGAUGAUUAUAGUCGUAAAAUAGUAGACCGUAUAAAAGAUGCUAAUUUAAUAUUGAUAAAAGCAAUUUAUCAUGAAGAUUGUUAUACUACAUUAGUACAAAAGUCUCCUACUACUAGAAAAAAAGGACGACCAGAAGAUAAAAAUAUAAUUCUAGCUUUUGAAAAGGUAUGUGAUUAUAUUAAUGAAUCUGAUGAAAGACAGUUCACUCUAAGAGAACUUCUAGAACGAGUACAAGAUAAUCUACCGAAUGAAGGUACUAUAUCAAUGAAAACAUUAAAGAUGAAGCUACAGAAGAAAUAUGGUGAUGGUAUUGUUUUUGCCACAAGUUUUAUCAAACCAUCUUCCAUCUAUUUCUUAGAUUCUGGAGUCAAGCAUCGUGAAGAAUUGAGAAAUGAGAAAAAGAGAAAAUUAAGAUAAGAUUAUACCACAUAAGUAACUUAAUAAUUUAUUGCUUUAUAUAAACAUGUUUUAAUGAAAAUUUAGUAUAUUGAAAACCGAAAGUUUUCAACUUAUAUAUUUGAUAUGAGAAAAUAGAUUGAUUUUUAUUGUCUACUUAUGUAUUGAUUUCACAAUAGUUUUAUUUCGCAGUCAAGAUAUAAGUGAUAACCUUUAUCAGAACAGAUUUCAACAUUUAAUUGUAUACCAUGAUAAAUGCAUUCUAAAGAUUUACUUAUUCAUCAGUUUUGUUGAAUAAGUGAUUAUAAGUAUAAAUGCUAGAUAUCAAUUGGAUAGAAGGCUUCAAAGACUAGGUAAUGGAAGUUACUGUUGGUGUAGCCAUAGUGGAUAAUUUGAUUUGCUCCAUAAGCCUCAUAAACCAUUCUUAGGUUUAAGAUUAUAACGCUUUGGACUAAGUGGAAUGGGAGAGAUCAUGAACAUGAUUGUUGUGAGUGCUUAGUAAAAUGCACUCAUACUGAUGUAUCGAUGUAUAUAUUUCCAAGUAUUCAAAAGGUAUAAAAAUCGAUAUAUUUUAUGAUUAAAUACUGAUGACAGUAUUAACAAUUCUCAAAAAUUUAUCUCUCUAAAUCCCCAAUCAAAAACCCCUAAAACCUCCACAAUUACUAGGAAUUCCUUCUAAAAAUUAUUAUUUAUAAAAUAAAUGAUUAAAUAUUCUUAACAAAAUACCAUUAAAAAUAAUAAAAUAUCAUUAAACAAAUAAAGAUUUCAAGCAAUCGAUGAAUAAUUUCAUUCUGCAACAUCAUUUUUUUGAAUUCUUUAUUCAUAAAUUAUUAAAUCAUUUUUAUGGUUGAAAUAUUGAUCAUCCUGAGUGUUGUAAUACCUAACAAGCUAAAGUAAUAUUUAGAUCAGUCUAUUAUAACCAAAAAAAGAGAAUUCAACAAAAUUCUGGUUUGUUUGUUGCCAUGAGCGUUGAGAUAAAUGUUAACGAAUGGCAAAACAGAAAAAAUAAAACGAAAGCUUUAAGAGGUUAUGUAAUCAUUUGUAAGUUAUUGAAUUUUUUAUUGGAGUGGUAAGCAAAAUUUCUUCUGAGACGUCAGGAAAAUAUUUGGUGGUGAGUCACAAGAAAACUUCAAAAGUACUCAUA